AACACUGUAUAUUUCUAUCUAUAUUAUAACACCAUAUAUUUAAUUCUUGGUAAUUCAACUGUGGGUGCUUAAUACUAUAUUUGUGGUUAAAAUUGCACUGUCUGUUCAAUAUUUUGUAACUUCGCCUUGUUUCAGUAUUUGAACUCCUGUUAGACUUUUUUCUUAUUUAUUUCUAAAUAGUUUUCUUCAAAAUGAAGUUUUGUGAUUGUAGUUUCAUGCAGCACCACUGGAAGUUAAUGUUGGGUUCCACUAUUGUAGCAGGUGGUGGUUUUGCAGCUUACAUAUUUUACAAGAACAGAGGAAAAUGUUGCCCACAGUCCAAAACUAAAGCUCAAGCUGAGAACCCAUACGAAUCAAUCAAAAUGCUGAAUGAAUAUCUUGCUUUUAAUUAUGGUGGGCCAAGCGUGAAUUGUAAAUUUGAAGGCCCCCAAAAUGGGUUUGAUUUUCCAAAGAGAACUGCUGAAAUUUGCUUGCAGUAUUAUACCCCUUCAGCUGAAAUUGCAAACCGGGCAUUGGACAUUGGGUGCGCAGUGGGUUGUGCUUCAUUUGAGCUCGCCGCACAGUUUGAUGAAGUCAUUGGGAUGGACUACAGCCAUGGCUUUAUUAAAACAUGCAACGUGUUAAAAGAGAAAGGCAGCAUGGAAUAUGAAGUGUUGGUAGAAGGAGAUUUAACCACCAAGCAUACAGCAGUCAUUCCUGGACACUUGGACAGGAGUCGUUGUAAAUUUCAACAAGGAGAUGCUUGCAAUCUUCCACUUGAUUUGGGGAAGUUUGGAUGUGUGUUGGCUGCCAAUCUUAUUUGCAGACUUCCCAACCCAACUGAUUUUCUGCUGAGGUUAAGUAACUUGGUUGCUGAAGGAGGAAUCCUUGUCAUUUUAAGUCCUUACACUUUCCUGAGAGAAUAUACCCCAAAGGAAAAUUGGCUGGGUGGUUUUAUCGAUGGUGAUGGGAAGGAAGUUCGUGCUUUUGAAACUCUUCAGUCUCUGCUUGGCCCACAUUUUACUUUAGUUGAUUCAACAGAUGUCCCGUUUCUAAUUCGUGAAACUUAUCGCAAACAUCAAUGGACUGCAUCCCAUGCUACUAUAUGGAAGCGCAAAGCCUAGAAUGCAUGAUGCUUAUGUUAUUACAAACUGCAGUAAAAUACAAAGUAUAGUACAUAUAGUAUUAAUAUCUUCAAUUACUGCAAUUAGAUGCAAAAUAGAAUAUAGCUUACACUGCCCAUCUAUACCAAUAAAGUUGCACGGUACUCAG